GUUAUAUGCUACCUUUAUAUUCACUGGAUGCAUACAUUGACUUGCUUGACAUUAACUACAAUGCAGGGAAAGUCCCUGGGCAUGUAGAUAGCAAGCUAUCUUUUCGGCAUCAAUAAAUUGACGAGCAAUCAAUCACGUAUAUCCUUUCACAUAAUUCCCAAGAUCUCUCGGUCUACGAGAACACAAUGGAGGACUACAAAGACUAUGAAAAAUUCGACCUCACAAUCGUGUACGAAAGCUUCGAAGUCUUAGACAAAUAUUCCAAGGACAUUGAGAAAAUAGUCGCAACCAAGUACAGCGAACUAGGGGCUAGAAACUUUUACUUCUAUCCAAUAGGUGUUCUAGUUCAGUGUGUUGAAUUUGAGGCAAUUGAGAGGGAUCUGGAAGUCAUGGAUCUGGGAGAUGGCAUUUCUACCACCAUUGGGAGAUUUUCAAAUUGGCUUCCAGAGGUAGCGGUUGAAAGAGAUGAUGAAUGGUAACAUGGUAGGCUUAGUAUUCAGUUUGAUGAUGUAAAAUUAGCAUUGAUUACCACGAGACCUUGUACAUAAUAAUGCGC